AUGGGUCUCGGGAAGUUGUGGCUGGGAUUAAUUUCUCUCUUGUCUUCAGUGGCUGGUCAGACUCUCAGUGGUCUCGCAUUCAAGGCUGGCGAUGAGGUGAACUUUGUCUGGGCCUUUGAUGGCAUGACCACAGGCCGUUAUGAUUUCGACCUGUGUGCUGGUGAUGAGUCUACGGGCAACUACGAGACGCUGGAUCGAGUCAUUUCAGAUACCCUGUUUUCACCAGGCGAUCGCAUUUCCUUUCGAGUCAACCCGCUCGUUGGAGGAAAUGUUGCAAAUGCAUACUUCUUGAAGAUUACCCCCGUCAAGCCCAACGAGCAUUGGUCCGGCUUCACCUCCCAUUUUACCAUGACGAACAUGCAAGGUGCAUUUUCACCCAGCAUUAUCGACGCCGUCAAGUCCAUGCAGGCAAUUACUAUUCCGUCAUUCAUCUUGCCCGAGAACGACAGUUUGGUUGACGCGACCCCAGAGGUCCCACUCGUCGACGAACCCUUUUCCCCCAGCGAGGCCGCUCAUCGAAUAACUUCUACUCCCAACCUCGUCCCCACACCAACUUCGCCACUGGAGCAGGACCACAAUGAGCUGCGAAAGCGUGUGGUUGUGAACCAGCACACCGUUCCUUGGGGUUUGCAGACUGGAUUGACGAAAUAUGCGCCGAUGCCAAAGCGGGCUGGUUCCACGAUCAAACCGGGCUCCCCGACACCGCAGUACCCGCCGUUUCCUUUCAAGAUUGCGACGACCUUCUUAGGGCAGCCAACUGUGCAGUAUACGGAUAACGCGUACCUGACCGCGACGGCGCCGUUUGUGGAGAAUCCUGCUCCUCAUGCUUCGGCGCCGACUGUAGACCCGGGCAAGCAGGAAUGGUAUGAGAAGUUGAAGGCGGAGUUCAACUUCUGA